AUGGGGGUGGAAACAUCAUACUUUGGAGGAGUCACCACCUUCAUCCCCCUCAUCCAGUAUAAAUACUACCUGAUCCAGCAGAAUAAAACAUGGAGUGAUGCUCAGACUUACUGCAGAGAUAAUCACAUCGACCUGGCUACCAUCCACAGUGAUGCUGACAUGGUUAAACUACAAGCUGAAGCUCAGAUACACCAGUUCAAUGAGAGGAACACUGGUACCAGCAGGUACGUUUACAUCAAUAACUAUAAGACCUGGUUUGAUGCUCAGAGUUACUGCAGACUGUAUCACACUGACUUGGCCAGGGCAAGAGAUUCAACUGAAAACUCUCUUCUAUCUGGAAUGGUCUCUGGCUGGACCUGGUUUGGUCUAUCCAGGAUCACCUGGAAGUGGUUAGAUCAGACCAACCCGACCAACAUUACCUGGAAGUCUGGACAACCUGAUAAUUACCUAGGAGUUAUAACAGGUCAGAUCCAGAUCCUGAAGUUUAGGGUUCAGUCGGAUCAGAACAUGAACGAUCCUGCAGUGAAGGCAGCUCUCCUGGAGAAGAUCCAGCAGAAACUGAAGGAACAUGGGGUGGAACAGAACAUCACACUGAAAUGGAGGGAGCAACCAGGAGGAGAUGUGUUCCACAAGAUUAAAGAUUGUGAUAAGAGUUUUAGUCAACAGAGAGAUCUCAAGGAACACCAGCGCAUUCACACUGGAGUGAAACUACAUCUGUGCUCACAGUGUGGGAAGAGCUUCAUGGUCCAGAGUGAUCUCAAGAGACACCAGCGCAUUCACACCGGAAAGAAACCAUGUCAGUGCUCACAAUGUGGGAAGAGUUUUAGGUACCAGAGUGAUCUCAAAAUACACCAGCGCAUUCACACUGGAGAGAAACCAUAUCAGUGCUCAGAGUGUGAUAAGAGUUUUAACACAUUGAGUGCCCUCAAAAGACACCAGCACAUUCACACUGGAGUGAAACUAUAUCAGUGCUCACAGUGUGGGAAGAGUUUUAUUUGUCAGAGUAGUCUGAAAAAACACCAGCGCAUUCACACUGGAGAGAAACCAUAUCAGUGCUCACAGUGUGGGAAGAGUUUUAAUUGUCAGAGUAAUCUAAAAAUUCACCAGCGCAUUCACACUGGAGAGAAACCAUAUCAGUGCUCACAGUGUGAGAAGAGUUUUAAUUGUCAGAGUUAUUUGAAAAUGCACCAGCGCAUUCACACUGGAGAGAAAUCAUAUCAGUGCUCACAGUGUGGGAAGAGUUUCUAUAAUCAGUGUCAUCUUGAAAGACACCAGCGCAUUCACACUGGAGAGAAACCGUAUCAGUGCUCACAGUGUGAGAAGAGUUUUAAUUAUCAGAGUGAUUUGAAAAAACACCAGCGCAUUCACACUGGAGAGAGACCAUAUCAGUGCUCACAGUGUGGGAAGGGUUUUUAUAGUCAGAGUCAUCUGAAAUUACACCAGCGCAUUCACACUGGAGAGAAACCGUAUCAGUGCUCACAGUGUGGGAAGGGUUUUAUUUUUCAGAGUGAUUUGAAAAAACACCUGCGCAUUCACACUGGAGAGAGACCGUAUCAGUGCUCACAGUGUGGAAAGAGUUUUAAUCAACAGAGUGCUCUGAAAAAACACCAGCGCAUUCACACUGGAGAGAGACCGUAUCAGUGCUCACAGUGUGGAAAGAGUUUUAAUCAACAGAGUGCUCUGAAAAAACACCAGCGCAUUCACACUGGAGAGAGACCGUAUCAGUGCUCACAGUGUGUGAAGAGUUUUUAUAGUCAGAGUCAUCUCAAAGUACACCAGCGCAUUCACACUUGAGUUAAACCGUAUCAGUGCUCACAGUGCUAACCCUAGUUUUGACAAACACAAAGGAAACUGAUCUGAUUGUAGACGUGAACUCUAAAUAUCAGUA